GAGGCUGCUCUCCCCGCCGCACUCCGCUGUCACCUCCGCGCCGUCCACAUCUCCGGCUCUCUCCUCUACGCGCCAUGUGAAUGGACUGCGGCGUUUUCGGGGCAUCAGGAUGCUGGCAGGGACGCGGGCUCCUCUCCGGGCAGGACUGCAGGGCGCCCACUUCUCCCGCUUCAUGGUAGGGCAGGGAGGGUACGGUUGUCAGGUAAGCUGGGCACCCGCUGCCUAGCCCCGGGCACUGGACACUUCUGGAGAACUUCUUGUCUGCAGGAUUACCGCGACCUUCUCGCUUUGUGUGAACCCUGGGCUAGAACUCCACUAGAAGAAGAGGCGAUUUCUCCGGGACUUCACACUAGUUGUGCCCAUCAUGUGGGCUGAGGCUUCCCCCCUGGCACUGCUGACAGGCGCCUCCUUCCUGCUGGCCGUGCUGGCAGCUGCCCGGGGGAGCGGGGAGUACUGCCACGGCUGGACGGACACGCAGGACGUGUGGAGGGACGGCUUCCAGUGCCCGGAGAGGUUCGACGGGGACGACUCCACCAUCUGCUGCGGGACCUGCGUACUGCGCUACUGCUGCAACAGCGCCGAGGCCAGGCUGGACCAGGGCUUGUGUAAUAACGACCGGCAGCAGGGGGCGCCAGAGCACGGCAGAACCGACAAGGACAGCCCGGACUCGGCAGCAGUUCCCAUCUAUGUGCCAUUCCUGAUUGUUGGAUCAGUGUUUGUUGCGUUUAUCAUCUUGGGGUCCUUGGUUGCCAUUUGCUGCUGUCGCUGCCUGAGACCGAAGCAGGAACCCCAGCAGAGCAGAGCUCCGGGAAGCAAUCGCCUUAUGGAAACUAUCCCUAUGAUAUCCAGCGCCAGCACCUCACGUGGCUCUUCCUCUCGGCAGUCCAGCACAGCCACCAGCUCCAGCUCAAGUGCCAACUCAGGGGCAAGGGCUCAACCAACGAGAUCACAAACCAACUGCUGUCUGCCCGAAGGUGCCAUGAAUAACGUGUACGUAAACAUGCCCACCAAUUACUCAGUGUUAAACUGUCAGCAGGCGACCCAAAUGGUCCCGCACCAAGGACAAUAUCUUCACCCUCAGUUUAUGGGAUAUGCCGUACCUCAUCAUGACUCUGUCCCCAUGACCCCAGUGCCACCUUUUUUAGAUGGACACCAAGUUGGAUACAGACAAAUGCAAUCGCCGUACCCUCACAGUAACCCUGAACAGAUGUUGUACCCGGCAGUUACUGUUUAAGGCGAGCCAUAGGCGGCAGAAUCUGUGCGGAAAUGGACUCUAUUGGACACAUGGCAUUUUACAGGGCAACUUUAUUGUAAAAUGCAUGAUGGUGACAAAAGUUUUUUUUUUUUUUUUAACAAUUGUGCAUAUGCUUUUUAUUUUAUUGUUGAGGGGAAGGGGGAUACGUAUUACUUUAAAUUGCCUGAGCCAAUAACCUGCUCUCUGCAGAACUACGCUACGCCAUUUCAGCAGGGAGCAGGUUUCGUAUAUUCUGGUAUAGCAGGUAUAGGGAUAAUUUUUUUUUCCAUUCAUUUGAAGUGUAUAAAAUAAAGUGAAAAUAACAUUUUUUUAUAUUUAAUACAAAAAAAAGACAAUCAUUCAGACAAUCAAAACAUGAAGACAGUGCAAUUACUCGUGUCAGGCCUGAAUAAAAGUGAUAUAAAUGUAAUGAUUCUUAUCAUUAAGGGUUAAAAAAGAAAAUGAAUCGGAAACAAGCCAUGACAGUAGUUUCAGUAGACAGAUGCGGUAUUUGGUUCAAGGCCGGAGCUACUUGACGACUCGCCUCAAUCUUCAAGAGACCAAAAAUUGCUGUGUAGCAAUGUAGCCUCACAAGUGAAUGGAGGGGGGCAGUGCAACUUACCGAUUGCUGCAACUGUGACCCCAGAAUCCCAAACUGCUGGAUUUUCUGUAAUUCUAAUUUGCAAGUCAUGCAGUGAUCCCAUUCAUUUAUGAGGCUACACAAGGCCAAAGUUGUGUAGCCUCAGCCAAAAGAGAAUCUCCAACAUUAUGAUACUUCCACGGGUGUAGCUAUAGGGUGGUGCAGGGGUAGCAGUCACACCCGGGUCCUGGUGCCCAAAGGCUCCUUUUCCACAUAAGAAGGCACCACUAUUAUAAAUGGCACAUGGUAGGUUGGGAACCAAGUUAUGGAUUUUGCAUUGGGACCCAAGAAAUUCUGUUUAUUCUUCACCUCAUUAUUGAUGGAGUAUGUCCUACCAUAAUGCCAAAUCUCCUUGUUCCACCACAGAUUAGGGUUCAGACCUCCAUCAAAUAUCCAACAUGCUGUAUGAAGUUUCCUUCACCUGGGGGCAAUAUUCAGUUAGCUGUCUUUGCUUAAUGUCUCUAUACCUUGGCCAUGGUAGAGUGUCUUUAUUUCUCCACCCUUCCCGGCUUUUCGCACCAGGGGCACCUACACCACAUGUCCCCCUACUCUAGCUAUGCCAUUGCAUUAUUGAAAUAGACAUGGAGGUCUGGAUCUCUAGACCCUGGAUUUUGCCCAUGGAGGGAAGGUGGGGUUUAGGGUUGAGUAUAUCCCAGAGGCACAGCAGAGCAUACUCCAUUUCUGAGUAAAAAAUGACCCACUGUGACAGUUUCUCUAUUACGUGCAUCAGUUACCUACAGUAGAAGAGGCCAUCUUGUUAUAUGCUAAUAUUAUUAAGAAUUUCACAUAGCAUCCAGAGAUGUAAUUUUUUUUCACAAUUAUCCAGAAGGGAUUUUCCUCCACAUAAUUGUUUGUUAGGAUUCCAUAAUUUUGUGCUGAAUCUGCCAGGAAUUAACGAUAUAACCGAAUCAAAUUAAAAACAAACCAGGAACUAUAAGAACUCUGCAUAGAUUGAAUUCAUGGCCUUAUUAACAUAUAUAGGUUGCUUUGUGAUAUGUGGUUUAUAUCAUCAUCCAGGAUUGGUACAGAUGUACACCUUUGGGGACAAUUUUUAGUAUUAUUGCAUUCUAGUCAUUUGGGGCU